AUGGCUGAGAAGAACGAAGGUACCAAAAGAUGCGAUUCUGAAAAAGUUCAGGAGGUGUUUACAAUCUCAUUUCACACCGAAGAAUCCCAGCCUGUUUCGGUCAUCGUUCCUGAUGAAUCUGAAUCACCGCGUGACUUUGAAGAGGCCAUUGAAGCUACCGGCUAUGGACUCUAUAACGUUCUACUACUGUUGGCGGCUCUACCCGGAGCUUGGGCGAACUUGUUUGACACAACGGCAAUUUCCUACGUUCUUCCGACAGCAGAGUGUGAUUUGAAGAUGACUUUAUUCCAGAAGGGACUUCUUAACGCUGCCAUUUAUGCUGGCAUGUUCACCGCGGCAUUUCCAUGGGGAGUCUUAGCUGACACGAAAGGCCGAAAGACUCUACUUAUGAUUGGCUACUUAGCCGAUUGCAUUUGCAAUGUUUUGAGCAGCAUGUCUCAGAGCUUCUACGUUAUGCUGGCUUUUAAGUUCCUUAGUGGAUGUAUCAUGAGCGGACCCUUUGCGGUGAACAUGACGUACCUGGCGGAAUUUCACGGUGCCAAGUAUAGGUCGAAGAUGUUGUUAUGGGCUCGUCUGUUUCCUUCUUUAGGGAGCAUAGUGCUUCCAGGAUUAGCAUGGAUGAUACUCCCUCAGUCCUGGUCAUUCGUCCUGUUUGAUGGAGUAUUUGUGUACAAUUCUUGGCGCAUCUUUAUUCUGAUCUGCAGUCUCCCAGCGUUCCUGGGAUUCCUGGCAUUAUUCUUUUUCCCAGAAAGUCCAAGAUUCCUAAUUUCCCAGGGACGAAAUGACGAGGCGAUGAAGGUCUUCAAAAAAAUGUAUACCAUGAACACUGGAAAACCUCCGGAAACCUUUCCGGUAAAAGAACUGUAUCUGGAGACUCAGAAGAAACAAACAGAAUGUACGUUGGAUCAAAGUAGCAUGUCUGUUUGGGAAAAGACUCGAAGUGGUUGGAGUCAAAUUAAACCCCUUUUUUGCAAGCCGUAUGUCAGCCAGUUUGUCCUGAUGACGACCAUCCAAUUCGGAGGCCUGCUGGGCAUGAAUACAUUGCGGCUUUGGAUGCCUCAGCUUUUCACAUUGAUGGAAAAUUUCAAUUACGAAAAUCGCGAUGACAACUUGGGUCCCGCAACUUUGUGCGAAAUGCUAACUUCGCCCGAGCCUUUAAACGCCACGAAUUCUGAGGAGUUCAACUCUACGAUAGGAAAUGCCUGCGUUAUUGCACCAAUUCACAGCAGAGUUUACAUAAACUCUAUAAUCCUAGCAGUCACCACUGUGUUAGGUUGCACACUUGCUGGUAGCUUGGUUAAUCUAGUUGGGAAGAAAAAUCUGCUACUGCUGGUUUAUAUAGCUCCGGCAGCUUGCAGUUUCUCGUUGAACUGGUCGCCAAGUUCCGAUGUCACGUUAGCUAUUUUCUCCAUCUACUUGAUGUUCACUAGCAUCGCAGUCACUUCUAUCAUUAGUUUUACGGUCGAUUUGAUGCCUACGUCUCUGAGAGCAACUGCUGUCAGUUUGACAAUGUCCAUUGGUCGCAUCGGUUCUAUGAUUGGAAAUCUCCUGUUUCCGCUACUUCUGAGUACAGGCUGCAUGGUCCCCUUCAUAUUUGUCGGAGGAUUCCUACUCGUUUGCUUCGUACUAUCAAUAUUCAUCCCUAAACCUCCCGAAAAGUUAAUCGCUUCAUCUAAUCUCUAUCUCAUCAUUCACGUGAACGACACUAUCGUGAUCACCGAACUGCAGUGUUCUGGUGAGUUGAAUACUCUACAUGAAUUCGACGAAGCCAUUGAAGCAACAGGCUACGGAUUGUUCAACGUCCUUCUAAUUUUGGCAAUUCUACCAGGAGCAUGGGCAAAUUUUUUCGACACAACGGUGAUGUCUUACGUUCUCCCAAUAGCUGAAUGUGAUCUGCAAAUCACACCCUUCCAGAAAGGGAUGCUCAACGCUGCUGUUUACGCAGGAAUGUUUACCGCAGCAUUUCCCUGGGGUGUCUUAGCUGACACAAAGGGACGAAGAUUGCUUCUCAUGGUGGGAUACAGCUGUGAUUGCAUUUGUAAUAUUUUGAGCAGCAUGUCCCAGAGCUUCUACGUUUUACUGACUUUCAAAUUCUUGAGUGGAUGCAUAAUGAGCGGUCCUUAUGCGGUUAACAUGACGUACUUGGCAGAAUUUCACAGUGGCAAGUACAGGUCAAAAGUAGUGCUGUGGGCUCGCCUUUUUCCUUCGUUAGGAAGCAUCGCGCUUCCAGGAUUAGCAUGGAUUAUAAUUCCUCAGCCCUGGUCAUUUACCUUAUUCAACGGAAUGUUUGUAUACAACUCCUGGCGAAUCUUUAUUUUGAUCUGCAGCAUGCCAGCUCUCCUUGGAUUCAUUGCUCUACUAUUUUUACCAGAAAGUCCGAGGUUCUUGAUGUCCCAAGGUAGAAACGAGGAGGCGAUUAAGGUCUUCCAAAGAAUAUACGCUAUGAACACUGGAAAAUCACCGGAAAAAUUUCCCGUGAAGGCACUUCGUCGGGAUGAUCACAGACAGAAAACAGAAGCUGCGGAUAACCCGAGAAGAGUUUCAGUCUGGGAACAAAUUCGAAACGGUGCUGCACAGGUCAAACCUCUAUUUCAGAAGCCGUAUUUCUAUCGCUUCCUCCUGAUCGUCACUAUACAAUUCGGAGGCCUUCUCAGUCUGAAUACGGUGCGUCUGUGGAUGCCUCAGCUCUUCACAUUGAUGGAGGACUUUGAACACAGAAAAAGCAACGGUGACUUCGGUCCUUCAACUCUGUGCAACAUGAUAAGUACACCGAGUAACGCAAACUCUACAAAGUACGACGAAUUCAACUCCACGUUGCCGAUAACUUGCACUGUGGUUCCUGUCUACAGUAAGGUUUACAUCAACUCCAUGAUCCUGGCAAUUACAAUUGUCAUAGCUUGUUCACUUGCCGGGAGUUUUGUUAAUCGGAUCGGGAAGAGGAAUCUCUUGCUGGUUGCUUUCUUGAUCCCAGCUGUUUGCGCAUUUUCGUUGAACUGGUCGCCGAAUUCCGACGUCACGUUAACGCUUCUUGCCAUUUACAUGGCUUCUGGCAACAUCUCGAUCACUACUAUCAUCAGUUUCACCGUCGAGCUAAUGCCGACGACUCUCAGAGCAACGGCUGUUACUUUGACCAUGGCCGCCGGUCGGAUCGGUGCGAUGUUCGGAAAUCUCCUGUUUCCACUGCUUUUGAGUGUAGGCUGCAUGGCUCCCUUCAUAUUUGUCGGAGGCUUCUUGCUCGCCUGCUUUAUAUUGUCCAUCUUCAUUCCGAAACCUCCUUCAAGACUGACGUAAGAUUUUGGAUGGAUUUCGUUGGCGCCUCA